UCUCUGAGCAAUCGUCCCGGGGGGAAGCAGAGCUCUGAGGGAAAGAGAGGAGAGGAUGUAGGAGAGAAAAUGGCAAUGACAGUUUGUAGGGCAGGCAUUUGCUAAGAGGUGGGAAGGGAAAGGAAAACGAAUAGUAGAACAGAGGCAGAAAAAGUAAAAGAAAGUGCAAACAGAGGGUAAACAGGACGUCAGAAGAAGGAAGAGAGUUGCAGGGGGGAAAGAAGGCAACAGAAACAACAGUAGGUUGAUUUGUCACCAUGACGACAGAAGCAGGCUCUGAGACGGAGGUGAAGGAGAAAGCUGAGGAGUCAGCCGCUGAGCCCGACCAAUCGGAGAAGGCUACGGAAGAUUCCCAGGAAGUAGCAAACGCUGAAGUAGAGGAGAAGGAAAAAGCAAAGGUGAAGGAAAAAGAGGGGAAGGAAGGCAAAGGAAUAUCUCGAUACCUGCCAACAUGGCUUAAGAAGCAGAAGUCUCAAAGCCAGACCUCCCCAACGAAGGAGGCCCCCCCUACAGAGGAACCUGUUAGCGAGGUGACACAGGAAGAGGAAGGGCCUGCCCCAGAAGUGAACGGUCACGCUGAGGAAGUAGAAGAGAAGGAGGAAGUCAAGUCUGAGCAAGUGAAGGAAAACGAAGCAGAAACUCAUUCCAACGCCAGUGCAGACACUGAGCCUGCCAAGGAAGAGAAGGUGGAAGAGAGUGCAGAGAAAAGUCCAGAAGAGACCAAGGAGACAACAGAGGGAGAAGGAGCAGAGGAGGAGACGAAGGAGAAGGAGGGAGCAGUGGAGGCUGAAGGGGAGGCAGGAGAAGGCCAGACCUCCAUUUUCCAGUCUCCUCUUCGUCUAGUGAGAAAGAACAAGAUGAAGUUGGUGGUGUGUCACGUGACCCUCCUGGAUGGGACUGACUUCACCUGCGAGGUGGAGAAACGUGCCAAGGGUCAGUACUUAUUCUUUAAGGUGUGUGAGCACCUUAAUCUACUGGAAAAAGACUACUUUGGCUUGACAUACAAGGAUAACCAUGACCAGAAGUGUUGGUUGGACCCCACUAAAGAAAUUAAAAGACAGAUACGCAGUAACAACUGGCAGUUUGCAUUCAACGUCAAGUUCUACCCUCCUGACCCAUCCCUCCUCACUGAAGACAUUACAAGGUACCUUUUGUGUCUGCAGCUCCGUGAAGAUGUGGCUUCUGGACGGCUGCCUUGCUCAUUUGUAACUCACGCUCUGCUGGGCUCAUACACGCUGCAGGCAGAAAUUGGCGACUAUGAACCUGACCAGCCUCGCCCUCUGGACUUCAUUAGUCAGUUGACCUUCGCACCAAAUCAGAACAAAGAAAUGGAGGAGAAGAUUCUUGAGCUCUACAAGUCCCACAGGGGAAUGACACCAGCACAGGCCGACACCCAGUUUCUUGAAAAUGCCAAGAAGCUGUCCAUGUACGGCGUGGACCUGCACCACGCUAAGGAUUCAGAGGGUGUGGACAUCAUGCUUGGUGUGUGUGCCAACGGACUCUUAGUCUAUAAAGACAGGCUUCGGAUAAAUCGCUUUGCUUGGCCCAAAAUACUCAAGAUUUCAUACAAGAGGAACAACUUCUACAUUAAAAUCAGACCAGGAGAGACGGAGCAGUUUGAGAGUACAGUGGGAUUCAAACUCCAGAAUCACCGAGCUGCCAAAAGGCUGUGGAAAGUCUGUGUGGAGAAUCACAGUUUCUUCAGGUUAAAUGCACCGGAGGCUCCUACCAAGGCCCGCUUUUUGACUCUGGGCUCAAAGUUUCGUUACAGCGGGCGAACUCAGGCCCAAACCCGCAUGGCCAGUUCCCUCAUAGACCGACCGGCACCCAGCUUUGAACGCACGUCAUCAAAACGCAUCAGCCGCAGUUUGGAUGGAGCACCAAUGAUCAGCAUAACUGAGGCUGGCAGGGAAUCAGCUGAGAACGGACGCGAGCCUCACCUGGAGCUCCACUCUGACUCAAAGGUUACGGUGGUGGACGUAAGCCCUGGCGAUGCAGAGGCCAUGCCCUCCCAGCACUCACCUGGAUCCAGUGAACUUGGCCCCCCUCAGGACCAUGAUAAGACCCAAGAAGAGGUUCUGAAACACCAAGCUAGCAUUAGCCAGCUAAAACGCUCCUUUAUGGAAGCUCCACCUCCCUCUCCUCCUCAGCCCAACCAGUGGGAGAAACGGCUCACCUCCUCUCCUGCUACGAUACGUUUGCAGCAGCAACAAGUGAGUCUUGCAGAGGAGAUAGCGUCAGUUCUUUUCAGUAGACACACUGACAUUGGACUUUAUUCGACUGCUAAGGCUGCCUGCAUUUUUCCUGAACCACCACUAGAUGCUGUUAAAACUACAAGUUCAGCUGCUACUUCUUCUUCCGCUGCUGUCUGCAGUUUUUCUGCACCACAAAGGCCUCUUGCAACCCUAUCUACUGCCCUCUCUGCCACUGAGGUCAGUGUGCCCCAAACAGAAGCAGCAACAGCUGAUAACACGAUCUCUGAUACCAAAGAACCCGCAAAGACAACCGAGGUUGAAAUCGAGGAAACUGUUGUCGUCCAAGAGAUUUCCAGAGCUCCCAAACCUGGACUUGUCACGGUUGCAGCCAGUACCCCUGCUGCUCCUUCUGCGGAGCAGGAAAUGAGGGAACAGGAAGUGGAAGUUCAAGAGGAAGCGGUGGUAGUUGAGGAAGCAAAGCCGAGGAAGGAAGAGAGCAUUUCAUCUGAGAGCGAGAGUGAAGAAGAAGCAGAGUACCAUCCAUAUCUCCCUGUGUCCAUCUCUCACACACAAAUACCUGAGGAGAAGGAAGAGGAAGAAGAGCAGGAGAAGCAAGAGGAAGAUAAGAUGCCAGAGCUACAGGUGUUGGCUUCAGAUGCUUCUUCUCUUCCAGCUGAAGUCAUCCAGCCUGCAGAAGAAACCCGUCGAGAAGAAGCGGAGUCCAGGAAGGAGGACGACACAGAGACAGAGAUGACAGCGAAUGCCGAGGAAGAGAAAGAAUUUGAGCGUGAGACUGAGGAGAGCACAGAUGAUCCGAUGGUGACGCCCGAUGAAGCUCCUAACGGCCUCACCCUGCCUGAGGAGGGUGUGACUGUAAUGGAUGCUCAUGCAGAGGAAGAGGAGGAGCCCAAAAUGAAUGGAGAGCCCACGCUCACUGAAGCAGAGCCGCUGCCACAGGUUAUUUGUUGCUCUGAGCCACCUGUGGUAAAGACAGAAAUGGUGACUAUAUCAGACACGUUUGCAGCCCAGAAAACCGAGAUAGCCACUAAAGAGGUGCCCAUCGUACAUACGGAAACCAAGACCAUCACAUACGAGGCUGCGCAGUUGGAUGGUAAUGGUGAUGGUGAGCCUGGAGUGUUGAUGACUGCUCAGACAAUCACCUCUGAAUCUUUGUGUACUACAACAACCACACAUAUUACCAAGACGCUAAAGGGCGGUCUAUCAGAGACGAGGAUUGAAAAACGCAUCGUCAUUACUGGAGACUGUGACAUCGACCAUGACCAGGCACUGGCUCAGGCCAUUAAGGAGGCCAAAGAGCAACAUCCUGACAUGUCUGUUACCAGAGUGGUGGUUCAUAAAGAAACUGAGCUGGCUGAGGAGGAUUGACUGAACUCAGAGCUGAAGGGCCCGUCGUGACUGUUUUUUCUCUGUCGAACGACCUUCAUCAUGACUGACGGGAGAGGAGGAGGAGGAGAAGAAGAGGAGCUUAAAGAACAGGGAGAGAAGGGUUUGACAAAUGGACCGAAGUUGCCACUCUCUUCCUUUCUUAUUGUCUGUGGUGCGAUCUAAAUCCCUCACUGCAAAACCAAGAAAAAGAAAAAAAAAUCUCUCAUUGUUUCUGAGGGAACAAAAAGAACCACUUUGUUAGCAUAACAAUUGUAGCUUUUUAUUUUUUUUUUAGUUGUGCUUUUUCUGUAACUGUUUUAUAAACAGAUGAUAGCAUGUCUGUCUUCUAUCACAAAGAUGAAACUAGGGAUACACUGAUAACCAAUCUGGAUGAAACCGUAUCCUUGCAUUGAUCAUUUUGUACCAGUACCGAUGACCUUCAGCUAAAGUUUCUUACAAAAACAGCACGCUGAGAUGCUCAAGUAGAGAAAGCUUUUUAUCAUAACAGUGAGGUUACGCACCUGUACUUGGGUUCCGGUGCAUUGGCAUAGAAAGGUAACUUGUUAAAUUACAGCUCCCCCUCUUGCUUCAUGGUGAUGUAAAUGGAGAGUAAUAUAGUUUAUAAGGAACAUGAAGGAAACAGGGUGUCACAACUUGGUCUGCUCUUUUUUUUUUUUUCUAAUUAGUAUAACACACUCACUCCCACAUAUUCACAGGUGAAUGGUAGAAACGUUGCACCUCACAUUAUCACUUCUACUUCCUGAUCAUUAGAGAAGAGCGGGAGCUGUAACUUUAACAUCUGCAGGAGAGUCAUCCAGGUUUUUUUUGGUUCUGUUAUUUCUUUUUUUUCCCUGUAUAGUUAUUAUUCAUCCACAUUCCUUGUGUGUGACUAGCAGCCGAGUGAGUCCAUUUUCAGUUCAAUUCACUUUUUUUGCUAAACUGGAAGAAGAGACGGGUUUUGAACAUUUUAAAUAGGGUCGGCGAGCUUCAGUAGUAGUUCGAAAAUGUAGGUGGAAUAAAUUCCAUUAAUUUUACAGUUUUAAAAUCCUUUUUUUUUUAAGCUAAACUGAAGGUGGAUUUGAACUGAAAAUGACAACUUCUGCACAGUAAAAAUGAAGGUUAUCAAUGGGAGCAGCUUUUCACUCCCCGGGCUCGUCCACUGUACGACACUAACCAUUCCCGCUGGGCCUGAGGGGGAGCGAGGGAGACAUAAACUGACUUUGGAUUGGGAGACCGGAGCUGUAAAGUGAAGGAUAAUUGGGAGAUUGCCCGAUAAGUACCAGGGAAUAAAAGAGAAUUUGAAUAAUAAUGCAUGUUUUCUUGCAUCCCACAGUGAAGUAUUUUAAUAUUCUGAAGGCUUAAUGCAUAAUGCAAAAUUAAUACUGCUAUUUAAAUUAUUCAGAAUGAGUUUUGUGCUCCAACUAGCACAGGUACCAAAAUGAGAACGACUUGAAAGCAGCUCAGACUCAAAUUAAUGCAGCCUGCUAACUCUGCCAAGGAGCCAGUUUGCCGUCGUAGUUCAGCUCAGUUCAUCGCCGGCUUCUUUUCAUACCUGCUUGAUAUGAUAGAGUAUGGGAUUAAAUUCAGCAUGUCUUCACGCAGUUUAAUCUUCCAGGAGUCUCGAGUGAGUCUAGGUAGGACGCUGCCACGUCGAUUGGUUUGAGAGCGUGUGGACUAUCUCUGCUCAUACAGCGCGUCGGGCUGCUUUGUAACUGUUUCACUACAGCUAAACAUUUCUCUGCAUUUUUUUUUUUGUUUUUAUUUUGGUUACAUUUCAUUCAGCCGAUUUCCACGUUGUUCGCCACAAAAAAACGCAACGCUCUGAAUCUGUCACCACACUUCAAACUGAGGCAAAAAAAAAAAAAAAAGUUACAACGCACCAGCCAAAAUGCAGCUUAAAGGGAAGUGUAUCAGAGGGUUUGAAGUGCUCUUGAAACCCCUAAAUGGAAACUCAUUAUGUUUUAUUAAUUUUCUGUCCUUUUACUCUGCAAAAAAACAAAAAAAGAAAGUGAACUAAAUUGUAGCUUUGUGUAAAUAUUGGGGGCAUUAAAUGUGCUAGGUGCUUGGUCUCAUGCAUUUACUUUGACACGGAUUUUUAGCAUAAGCAGCAAAAAGGCAAAGUCAUGUUCUCCUGAAAUUUAACUGAUUCUAAGUGAAGGAGUGCCACUGAUUUAGUAUAACAAACAUUCCACCUUAGACUGGUCUGGAUUAAUCUACGUCUCCCUCUUUGACUGGACGUGUUUUAAACGGGAGACAAAAGGAUAUUUUAUUUCAUUUUUAGAAAUAAAAAAGGAAGAAAAAACUGCUAAUCAGCUUUUUAACUUGAUGAGUAAUCACUGCCCAAUUUGACCCAUUUUAAAACUUUUGUAGUUAAGCGUGCUCAUCAGACUGAGAGCUGAAGCUUUUUUAAAAUCAGGAAACGCAGGUCUGAGCUCUACUAUGCAGUUAAAUGACAUUCCACGAGGGGGAAGCUUUAACCUCGAACCCUCUUGUAAAGAGACAAAGCAGCAGAAAAGCAUUUUUUUUUCUUUAUAAAAAUGUAAACCGUGCAACACUAGGCAGCUUUGGAAGCUUUUGAUGUUCCAAAAAACAAACAAACAGAAAAAAAGCCUUUGGUAAUAUCACAGUGACCACAUUUGUAGAUUUUUCUUUUUCAUAAUUUCUCAUCUUUUCUCUGUGAUCUAGUUGUUUAAAGGUGGGAUUUCUUGUUCCCCCUCCAUCUUGCAUAUUUGUAAAAUUGUUGCAGUGUCGUUGUUUUUUUUGAAAACCACUACAAAUGGAAAUUUCUGCCACUGUUUUCCUUUUUGUACGUUUAGCCCCAGCUUUUACCGCUUUUCCGGGUUCUUCUGGGCUCUCUUAACCAAUCACAUGAGCUUUGAGGCUGCGGAAUCGGAUUUUCCCAAAUGUGUCAUGUUACGUUAGGUUACACCAAGAAAGGUUUUACCAACCACGACGCCUGUGAAUCCACAUCAGAGAACGUUAAAUCUACAUGGUGUCAUAGCAGGUUAUAAUUGGAGGAUCCUCUGAACACUUAAAUCUCAGGCUUUGUUUCACACUCUGGAGAAACGGGAAACCAGCACAGUUUUUAUAUUUUAUUAAUAAAAUAAAACUCACACAAACAAAGGAAACCUUAAAGAAACUCAUUUUGGAAAACCUACCAGCUGCCUCAUUGCUCUUUGUUAGCUAACCAGUGAUCACCAGUAGGGUUUUUUCUGUCUAGCAGCUUAAAUGUCUUGUAUCUCCCCCCACACAGCCACUCCUCCCCCCCUGUGUAACACUGUUUAAAUAAAGGAUUGUUAUACUCGC